AUGCCCUUGAGUGAUAGUGAGAGUGAUAUCAAUUACAAUAUAAAUGAAAGAGAGAGCGAUGUUGAGAGUAAUAUUAAUAACAUAAAUGAAAAAAAGAGUGAUGUUGAUUACCAUUAUACUGGUUACCAAUGUGGAGAAAAAAGAAUUAAGGUACAAGUUGCCACAACCUCAAAACAUAAGAAAGGAUCAAGUCGUGAACUCAAGAAAAUGCCACAAAGAAGGCCAAAGAAAAAUAAUAAAAAUGAUAUAUAUGAAAUCGAACAGCAAGAAGAACCAAGCCAAUUUAUUAUACCUGCAUGA